AUGGUGCUCACACAUAUCAAAAUAAUAAAGAGACCUGAUGAUGACCAUUUGUAUUUUAACCGAAAGGGAUAUUUUAGUAUAAAUGCGAUGAUAAUUUGUGACAACGAUAUGCAAAUACGGGCCGUAGAUGCACGGUAUCCCGGUUCAAGUCACGAUGCUUUCAUCUGGGGUAUGAGUCACGCUAAGCAAUAUUUCCGUACGCAAUAUGAGAGUGGACAGCGCUCAUUGAGGUUGCUGGGCGAUUGUGGCUACGGAAUUGAACCGUUUUUAUUAACACCAUAUAGAGAUCCACAGUUUAACUCCAAGAAGUAAAUUCAAUAUAGAACAUACGGCUGCUCGGAAUAUUGUGAAACGAAGAGUUUUAAAAAUCCGUUUCCGCUGUUUAAUUUUCGCAUUAUCGCCCUGAAAAAGUUGUUAAAAUUGUUAACGUCAUUACACAACAUCUACAAACGUUACAACAUUGAACACAAUCAAGAAGUUCUAUUUCUUGCAAAUGAAAGUAAUGAGGACAAUUUUUUUCCAUCUGAUAAUGGUUUAAUGCAAAUCGAAGGCCGGAGAAUAAGAGACGAAAUAGCAUAUACUUUGUAAUUCAAUGUAUUUUUUUUUUUUAAUUAUAACAGUCUUCAUGACUAAACUAAAAUCAGUCUUAAUUUUUAAAUUCAGGU